UUACCAGACUUGCUGCUUCCAAAACCAACAAACAACCUGGCACACCAUAUCGAAUCGAAACACUUUCCACUUCACGCAGCCAUCUCAACUGUCCUUUCAAACAGAGCCGUAUCAAUCAGAUGCUAGCCGGUCUCGAAAAACUUGACAUCAUGCCUGAUGAAACCAAGCCGUAAGGUAAGAGAAUGAGAAACUUGUGCGUCGAAUUAAAAAAAAAAACAUAGUGUUUGGGUAUCGAAAUUUGUUGAUUAUAGAUCGAAUUAUUCUACAAUCUACGACUAAUCUUGUUUCAAAAUCACCGUGAUGAUAUCAUUGUUUAAUUAAAGACAUUUGAGUCAUCAAGUAGCAACACUGUGUAAUCGCGUAUUUGUUUGCGUAUUCCUAUCCAACCGACCGAGAGAUAAGAUUUAGCGUAGCAUUGGUUGCAGACAUUGAGAGUCAAAAUUUCUUAGCAGUCAACAAACUGUAGCCGAAACAACAAGUUACCGGUUUGAGAGUGGAGUACUACAUAUUCGCGAUAAUAACUUCAAAACGCGAUGAGUCAAUACGAAUCCGACGACGACAAAGAAUCGGAGCAGGACUUUGAUCCUCACUUUGAUCGUUCAAAACUUCACGCCCAGUUCCAGCAGUUCAACGGAAUUCGUAGCCGCAUGUCGUCCUUCGAUACAAUAUCCGAGUGGCUCGGACCCAAGGUGACUCUGAUGGCGGAGGCCGGAUUCUUCCACACCGGAUUCCGGGAUAUGGUCCAGUGUUUCUACUGUGGGCUUCGGAUGGGCGCGUGGCAUCAGCACGAAAAUGCCUGGUUUUUGCACACCGUGUAUUUGCACGACAGGAGCUGUGACUAUCUGAACCACAUGAUGGGCAAACGAUACCUUAGUUACGUGAAAAAAUGGAAACGCAGACCGAGUUUGGUGGAACGAAGGUGGUGCUUUGACGCGGAACGGAACGGCGUCGACGAUUGGGUUCCCUGUGCGGACAAGGUGGGCUGUGCGCUGUGCCAGUGGGAGGAGAGUGGAUGACGCUGGUAGGGCUGAAUUGAUAAGAUGUUAUUUAGGCGUUAGUGCCAUGAGAUAACGGUAAUAACCUAAAAAUUACUGUAUUUUGUUUUGGAUAUUUAUGUAGUAUUUUGUUGCGAGUGUAAUUAAAAUGUAGGUAUCUUA